AUGGACACAAAACAUUCACUUGAUGUGGUUCAUAGAGCUGAUGGCUACCACAUUUCAUUGGAAAAGAUUACUGAGAAAUGUGGAUCGGGCUUAGUCACAGAUGAAGACAUGAGACAAGGAGAUUUUGUGAUUGAAUAUGUUGGGGAAGUUAUUGACGACAAAACAUGUGAGGAAAGGCUUUGGAAGAUGAAGCACUGUCGGGAGACUAACUUCUAUCUCUGCGAGAUUAAUCGUGAUAUGGUUAUUGAUGCCACAUACAAAGGAAAUAAAUCUAGAUUUAUAAAUCACAGCUGCCAACCUAAUACUGAGAUGCAAAAAUGGACAAUUGAGGGCGAGACACGAAUUGGCAUAUUUGCAACUCGUGACAUAGAGAAGGGAGAGGAAUUGACUUAUGAUUAUCAGUUUGUACAAUUUGGAGCAGAUCAAAAUUGCUAUUGUGGUGCCAAGGGCUGCAGACAAAAGUUAGGAAACAGACCUAGUAAGCUGAAAUUCUCUUCAGAUGCUGCUUUGCAGCUAGUACUUUAUGAGAUGGCAGCCACAUCUCCCACUAAGAAUGCAGUUUUUCAUGAAAAAUAUGAUUUUGCGAGUGGAAAAUCUAGCAUGGGAAAUUCAGAGAGUAUUAUUCCAUUUAAAAAGAAGACAACUUCUCAAAAUUGUAUUUGGGAAAUCGUGCGAAUUUGGUGCCCACGGAAUAAAAGGUACUUUGGAGGAGUCAUAGUAGAAUUCAACUGUCACACCAGAAGGCACACUAUUUUAAGAGAAGAUGGAGAGCUUGAAAAUCUUGAUAUGUCAAAGGAAGAUUGGGAACUUUUAUGACCUUUCAAGUUGUGGGAUUAAAUGAAUUUUGAGAAGUACAAUGUGAACCAAGAGUUGUGCUUACACAGCCUGCAUGCCGUUGCAUUGCAAACAUGUUCACAUGUAGGUGAAGGCCAUGCAAAAGACAACACAAAGGGUGAUGGGGACAUCAGUUCGUGGAAGGUCUAUCAAAGGCGUGGCCGCCGAUCUAUGGCUACGAUCGACUCUUUGUAUUUUUGAUUUAUUUAUGUUAUUUUCUUAUUCAUGUAUGUUCUUAUUUUCAGUGUUGUGUAUUUGUUUUAUGAGUUUUUCAGUUGUACCUUUUUAAUGAGAGAUGUCGUAUAUAA